AUGGUAUGUAUUGUUUGUAUACCUUACCGUGUUCAACCUCACGGCACAGGCGAUGGACCGUUUUGGGGCCAUUGUGCACGGCUUACAUUACUAUGCGUGGAAAACAAAGAAAAAAAAGCCAAGGUAGCGGUACUUUUUGUAUGGCUUCUCGCGGCCUUAUACACAUAUGGUAUGUUUACACUUGGAUUGGAUAUUGAUUUAGGCGACGCUCCAGUGCUGGUAUACAGGAUGACCUACUUGAAAAUUUUCGGGAGACACUUCAUCAUCCCUGGAAUUUUGGUUCCAUUCUUUUUAAUGCUAAUAUUAGGAGUGGCCAUUUGUGUUAAGGUGCGUAAUCAUAGAAAGCGUUUUUCGACUUUCUUCUCCGUAAAAAUUCGAUUCGGAAACGACGUAAAGACCGCGAGGACAAUUGGUGUAACAGUGUUGGCGUAUUUCUGUAUGAAUGUGAUACCAAUGUUAUUACACAACCUAAUGAGACGCCGCGGUAGCUGGACUCACUUCCUCGCGUUCUUUCUCAUGAAACUGAACAGCAUGGUGAAUCCUAUCAUUUAUGCUUUGAAGACUCCAAGGUAAGUUCAGUCUGUGAGGCAUGGGGUUAAAAGUUGGCUUUAGGAAUUUUAGGAAGACAUGUAAUUCUUAUCCUUACAGAGACUUAUGCAAGGUUAAAUCUUUUCGUCAAACUGUGUACCAGCAUUGACGAAUCCUUUUCUAAACUGUCCUUUUUUUUUCUAAAUUUAUGGCUGCACUAGGUGUUCUAAAUAAAAGUCGCACUUUUCAACGGCCUGGUUUUGAAUACAAGAAAACUAGGUCCGAAAGGCCACUCAACGAAAAGGCAACUUUAUUUAAUUAUCGAGUUGCUUUUUACGGUAAUUCAAACCCAAAAUAUUGGCCUUCUUUAGUUUAUUAUCGUUUAUGGAAGAAUAUCCGGGAGACUAUAGGAAAGUCUUAGAAUUUUGAAACCUCGUAACUGGUCUUUUCUUGUGAAUAACAACUCAGAAAUGCCAACACAUUGCUGUGUUCCUCUGUGUACGAAGAAGGAAUGUCGAGUCGAAGUAACUGAUGCCAAUAUUUCUUACUUCCGAUUUCCAACCGAAGAAAACCUGAGAAAACAGUGUAUUCACCCGAUAAGAAGGGGUUUGGGGAAGAAUUUCUCUAUAUUAAAUUCAACCAAGAUUUUCUCAAGGCAUUUUAUGGAUUUCAAGACCACUCUAACGCAUGUGGCGUCUUUAAAAGCGGGAGAAGUGCCUUCAAUUUCUGCGUGGAAACGAAUUUCUCCACGAAAAAGACCUCCACCUACUCCUCGUUUGACAAAUAGGAUAGAAAUUUUGAUUUAGAAGCUACAGGAAGAAAGUCUGGAAAGUGUACGAACUUUUAUCGUAAAUAUGUAAAUAUUGUUUCAAUUGGACAUAAACAUCUUUUCGAGUGAACUGCACUUUGUGUCUCAAGCGAGGGAUGAUCUAAUCUGUUUCAUAAUUUAUAUGCAUGCACAGAGAUGUUGAUGAGAUUGGUGAUGCUAAUUUCUGUUAUCUUAGGCCAUCUUGUUUUAGUCACUAUCACUGUCCAUUGCCAUGUAAUUAUAGGAUCUUGCAUAUUACACAACAUGGCACACACACACACACCACACUUGAUUUACAAUGCCAGACUGGCAUAGUAAAAGGAAUUACUCCUUCAAAAAUUGAAAAGUUCUUUACCUUUAGGGGAUACCCAGGGGAAGUAUGUCUUCAAUGGUGAAACUCUUGUUAGCUAUUAUAGAUUCCCCUGUAGAAAAACGGAGGUUUAGAAAACCACUGCGCCCAACCAUUUCCUGUCUGAUAUGCUGCCUAUGUAAAACUGUCCAAUAAAUGUGAAGGACCCCUUAGGUGAAAUUCCUUCCUUGUCCCUUCAAACGUGUUUGAUGCUUACAAGAACUAAACAGUUCACUUUUUAAAAGAAGACUACUUGGCAUAUUUUGCCAAGUUUUAAUAAAAUGAAUUUGAUCCAUGUGAUAAAAAUUCGACUGACGGUCGACUGAGAAAUAUGAAAUAAGUUGGCUAAAUGUUGUUCAGCAAAACCUUGUCUGAGUCUACAGAUUGUGAGAAAAACUCAUCUAAUGGUUGUAAAAAUCUUUGCCUUCCCUGUUUCCUUAAUUACUCACUAUCACUAUUAGACCUGACAGUCUCUUUACCAGGUAACCAAUAAUUGAUAUUUUCUCUAUUAGAACAAGGGUCCAGGAUUUCAAAUAAAGCCAUCAUCGUUUGGAAGUUUGGAAAAGCAGUGUAAAAUAUUAGAAGUGAAGAGUUUGUUUUGAUAUUUUCAAGUGAAAACAAUAGAGUUUUCAUUUUUCUUCCUGCAACGAAACCUCUUCCUCCAAUUUCUUGUUUUUGGUUAACAAUUCAGCAAUCUGGUCUUCUAGUUCAUAAAUUUUGGUAUCUUUUACGGAUUGACGCUCGGUGAAAUAAGAGUCCGGUUCUGUCACCAAAGGUUUUAAAUCAAUUGCUGUUGUUGUCGAUGAAGAUGAAGAUAUCGCACUUGGAAUUACGAUAGAAGUUUCUACAGUUUCCAGACUUUCUUCCUGUAGCUUCUCAAUCAAAAUGUCUUUCCUAUUUGUCAAGCGAGGAGUAGGCGGAGGUCGUUUUCUUGGAGAACUUCGUUUCCACGCAGAAUUUGAAGGCCCUACUCCUGGUUUAAAGAGUGGUCUUGAAAUCUUCAGUCUUAAAAAGCUUUAAGCAAACCUUGAUUGAAUCUGAUAAAGAGAAAUUCUUCCCCUUGUUCCUGCUUUUUUCGUGUAGUAUAUCCUUCAACUUCUAAACUGAUAACGUACAGUAGUAGGGGCUUAUAAUCCAACGAUGGAAACAGUUUGUUCACUUAUAUGUCAACAGGUUCCGCAGAGCUCUGGCACUCUUACUGAAAGAACCACAUGGCCAAUCAGAACCCAAUAUGAACUCAAUAUGA